AUGUUGCCGAUGAUCGUGACCUCAACAUUGGCCAAAGGUGCAAAGCUUGAUGAAGUACCGUUUGAUUUUGUGCGUCGACGUAUGUCAGUAGUGGUCAGAACCUUACAAGGUAACGCACGUAUCAUCACUAAAGGUGCGGCAGAGGAAAUGCUGAAAACCAUCUUGAGGCGAUUCAAGAAAAAAUACGCCAAUUUAAUCUUGAAGGUUUACGUGUUAUUGCUAUCGCGUAUCGAGAUUUUAGUGGGAGAUCAGAUGACUUUUCUGUCGCAGAUGAAAGUAUUUGCCAAAUUAAGUCCAGUUCACAAAGAACGUAUUGUGAUGCAGCUGAAAGAGAAUGGACAUGUGGUUGGAUUUCUAGGCGAUGGAAUCAAUGAUGCGGCUGCGAUACGUAGUGCUGAUAUUGGAAUUUCGGUUGAUACAGCAGUGGAUAUAGCCAAAGAUCGUGCGGCAAUGCCUUUGAUAGUCAUGACCUUGGUCAUUGUGGCUGCAGGGGGAUUGAUCGGGUUUGAGCGACAGUAUAGGCAGCGUACAGCAGGUGCUGAUGGUUCAGUACGGGUGAUUGCUUAUGUGGUUUCUGGCAUUGGAUUUCUUGGCGCAGGGGUAAUCAUGCGCCAAGAAGGCAAUAUUCAAGGACUCAAUACUGCUGCGACCUUGUGGUGUUCUGCUGCUGUCGGUGCUGCGGCAGGUUGUGACCGUUUGGUGGAAGCAAUAUUGGCGACGAUAUUUAUUUUAGCUGCCAAUACUUUAUUACGUCCUAUUGGACAUAUUAUCGACCAGCACAGUAAAUAUGUCAUGGAUGAGCUGAAUAAAGCUUUAAAGCGUUAUCAUUUUCCUGCUAAAGAUUUUGAUGUAGAACCGUUUGGUGAGCAAGAUGUGGAAAUUAAGGCGAUUUUGAUUGCGAACUCCGUUGAGGAAAAAGAAAUUCAGCCGAUUAUUGAAAUGUUAAAUCAAAUGCCUGAAGUGAGUCAGGCUUUUUGGGAUCAAAAUACGUUGGCUUAA